UUGACAAGAUCAAAUUUGAAAAGCUUGUGAUUUGGAUUCGUCGGCAAUAUAGUGUGUACACAUUUAACAGGAUACUAACAUGACCAUUUUCCCUUCGAGUGGAAUUUUCUUUCUUGUGAAUAUAUAUGUGUGGAGUUGAGGGGGAAAAGGGUUUUCUGAUUGAGGUAGGGUUUUGAUUGAUGACCGACCUCUCUAGUGAAAACACAAAAAGUUGGAAGAGGGGAAAAAAAAAUAUUGCUUUGUUGUGAAAAGUUGUUUUGUAUUACUUAUAAGGGUCAUCGUUUGAUUUUUCUUCAAGAUAAGGGACCGCCACUCUCGUUUGUCGGGAAGGAUUGAAAAUUGGGGUGUUGGAUUCAUCAGAGUUUUCAUUUGCACAUGUCCUGAACACGGAGAAUGCAUGUGUUUUACAAAUAGGGUCAACGGAAUUCGAACACAAGACAUCUCGGUCAUAUAAGGCUCUGAUACCAUGUCAAGAACUAGUUGGUCCCAAGAGUGUUGUAAGAGGUUCAAUCGUGGAUCAUAUAACAAUGUUCGGCAUAAGCCUUAUCAUCCAUUAAAAAAAAACAAUGUUCGCUAACAAAACAUACCGUCUACUACUAUACAUAUUACAUACGCUAACUGCAUGUAUAUGCAUCCCAAUACAAUAAUAGUUCAUUCAGCAAUCAAGGGAUUGGAGGAGUCUGAGAAGAAAAACCCAUGCAAGCUAGCCAUGACAAGAAAAACCUCCAAAGACAAUCUCUCGCAACUAUCUAACGUGGCCCAAAUCAGCCAUUCGGUGGUCUGCUGUUCUUUUCCCGGCCCGUUCGCCAUCUUUUGGGUUGGGCCACGUUAAGACCGUUUCCUAUGGAUCUCUGCACCACCGAAACAAUUGAAGGAAUGAGCGGUUUUGGACCGAAACAAAAUGGAGAUCCAUGGACCGGAGACAAUCAGACAAACGGUGGGUUUUCCUGUUGUCAGGGAAUUGGGACUUGGGAAUUGGCUGUAUUCACCUUCGUCACACUCACACACUCUUAAUCUUUGCAGCAGCAACCCAUCCUGCCUUGAAGCUUGGAUCCACGAUCGUUCGUUAGAUAGACGUAAAACAUAAAAUGUGCAAUUCAACCAUUGUGAAUGGUACAAAAAUGUCUCAACCUCAAAACGCGUCAGCAUCAUAGUCGGAUUGCUAACCUUGAACCAACCUCAAAACGCGUUAGCAUCAUAGUCGAAUUGCUAACCUUGAACAAGGGUGAAACCAGUACCAAGUAUAUAUCAAACAUGCAAGAUAGUCCAUAUAUAGGGUUUGUACUUUGUAGUUAAACAUGAUCCAAAAUUGCAAGAUAGCUGCCAAAUGUCAGAAUAUCCAUACUUAACUAAGAGAAUAAAUCCUAAACCUAAUUCCUUCCCUCCCAUUUUUUGGCCAUCAACAACACGAGGGAAGAUUGGGACAUUUUCAUAAGUAGACUUCAGUUUCGAUCGUGUCACCACUUGGCGACGGAGGAGGCAAGUUUGGAACUGGUUGGACACGUGGCGUCAACCCACAUAGCUUACCCGUCCACUUGUCGCAUUAUCCAUGACACACCUCAUCUCAUCUCUGUUUUUUUUGCUUACUCACUCACACACACUCUUACGUGUCCCUCUGUCUAUUUAUCGCCACAAUUUCACUUCCUCGCUUCCUCACUUUCACUCCACCGUUUCAAUCCCUCCCUCUCGUUGUGUUUGUUUGCCGAGAGAAAUUUUACAGAAGAAAGUAGUAAGAAAAACAAAGGUAAGUCUAAUUUGAAUCAUGAAGGUCCACGACACAAGGUCACACCACCACCACCAGCCGUCCGAACAGGACACCAAGAUCAUGACCAGGAAGCAGAAAGCUGCCCAGGAAGGCCAUUCCCCGACCAAGAAGCCCAAGAACGAAACCGAUCACCACUCCGACGAUGGCGCGAACAACGGGAAAUCCUCGUCUGGAGGGGAUUUCGGUAAGGAGUUUGAUGAGUUCUCGAAAGCCGUUAGAGAACAUCUCUCGAUCGCCCAGAUGAGGGAAAUCCUCGAAUCGAACGAUCAGGACCCUUCUGGCUCGGAAGGCGUCGUCAUCACCAAAUGUGUGGACCUGCUGUUCUUCGGGCCGCUCGAGAGGUGUCCGUUGUGCAGUGGGAAUUUGGAGUUCAACGGCAGAAUAUAUGCAUGUAAAGGUUUCUACAGCGAGUGGUCUAGUUGUACUUUCAAGUCCAAGAACCCUCCCAGAAGACAGGAUUCAACCAAAUUACCCGACUCUGCUCUCAAUUCCUCCAUUGCUGAUAUGCUGAAGAAGUAUCAGGAACCAAGCGGCCGGCCUCGUAGGGAUGUGGCGGUUCCUCUGAAGCCUCUGGCAGGAAUGGUUAUUGCUCUAUCAGGCCGUCUUUCCAGGACCCAUCAAGAAUGGAGGAAACAGAUCGAGCAGAAUGGCGGGAAAGUUUCAAACUCGGUUUUGGGAGUCAAUUGCCUCAUUAGCACAUCCGCAGAGCGAGAGCGUGGAGGCUCAUCCAAGCACUCAGAGGCAAUUGAGAACGGAAUCAGAGUAGUGAGGGAAGAGUGGUUGGUGGACUCCAUUGAGAAGCAAGAGCUUCAGCCGUUGGCAGCAUACGAUAUCAUGUCCGAUAUAGCCGUGGAUGGCAAAGGGAUUCCUUGGGACAAACAGGAUCCCACCGAUCAAGCUCUCGAGUCCCUGACCGCCGAGCUGAAGCUGUACGGGAAGAGGGGUGUGCACAAGGACACGAAGCUGCAGGACCAAGGAGGAGCCAUUCUUGAGAAAGAUGGGAUCUUGUACAACUGUGCUUUCUUCCUUUGCGAUCUCGGCCGUGAGAUGAAUGAGUUCUGUAUUAUGCAGCUGAUCACUGUUCCAGACAGUAAGCUGCAUAUGUACUACAAGAGAGGCAAAGUUGGGGACGACCCGAAUGCAGAAGAGAGGCUGGAGGAGUGGGACAGUGUGGAUGGUGCUAUAGCCGAGUUCAUUAGCAUGUUCGAGGAGAUUACUGGAAAUGAGUUCGAGCCGUGGGAGAGGGAGAAGAAAUUCGAGAAGAAGAGACUCAGCUUCUUCCCAAUUGAUAUGGAUGAUGGAGUUGAUGUGAGACAUGGAGGACUAGGGUUGAGGCAGCUCGGGUCGGCAUCUCUACAUACAAGUCUUGAACCGAAGGUUGCCAAUUUCAUGAAGGUCUUGUGCAGCCAGGAGAUCUACAGGUAUGCGUUAAUGGAGAUGGAUAUGGACGCCCCUGAUUUACCAAUUGGAAUGCUCUCAGAUAUUCAUCUGAAGAGAGGUGAGGAGGCUCUACUUGAAUUUGUGGAAGCUGUGAAAUCAGCCAAAGGGUCGGGUCGGAAAGAGGAGGCUGUUUGGUCCGACUAUAGCCAGCGGUGGUUCACUCUCAUGCCUUCUACCAGGCCUUUCAUCUUCAAAGACUACAAACAAUUGGCAGAUAUUGCUGCAGCUGGCUACGAGACGGUGAGAGACAUCAAUGUCGCAUCGCGCCUCAUCGGAGAUAUGUCUGGUGCAACCCUGGAUGACCCGCUCUCGGAUAGAUACAAGAAGUUAGGUUGCUCCAUUUCUGCUCUCGACAAGGAGUCUGAUGACUACAAGAUGAUUGUGAAGUACCUUGAAACAACCUAUGAGCCUGUCAAAGUUGCAGACAUCGAAUACGGUGUUAGGGUUGAGGAUAUUUUUGCUGUCGAGUCGAGUGUGAGCCCGUCCUUGGAGGACAUGAAGAACUUACCUAACAAAGUUCUGCUCUGGUGUGGAUCCAGGAGUUCGAACCUGCUGAGGCAUCUGCAGAAAGGAUUCUUGCCUGCAGCUUGUUCACUUCCUGCUCCAGGCUACAUGUUUGGAAGAGGAAUAGUUUGCUCUGAUGCAGCAGCAGAAGCAGCUAAAUAUGGAUAUACAGCUGUGGAUAGGCCGGAAGGUUUCUUAGUUCUGGCAGUAGCUUCUCUUGGCAAUCAGAUCCUCGAGGUGAAGACCCCACCCCAGGAUACCAAGAGCCUGGAAGAGAAGAAAGUUGGAGUGAAAGGUCUAGGCAGGAAGAAAACCGAUGAAGCUGAGCAUUUCACAUGGAAGGACGGGAUCAAAGUUCCUUGUGGCAAGCUAGUGCCUUCAGAGCAUAAAGACAGCGUUCUAGAAUAUAAUGAAUAUGCUGUCUAUGAUCCGAAAAUGACGAGCAUAAGGUUUUUGGUGGCAGUCAAGUACGAGGAGCAGAAUGCCGAGCUUGAAGAUGUAGAACCUGCAUAAAGUGCGGCUUAGCCUUUGGAGAACCUUCUGGGCAGCCUUUGUUCACUCUUUUGGCGGGAAAUCUUCUUUGCUCGGAGACUAGCAAGAAGAUUUUAGAUGUUAGGAAACUUUUGGUGCAGCAUGUAAUGCCUGGAAGUAGUAGGUUUCUUCCAAAAUUUUGUAUAUGGUUCUGUACUUCUCGCUGUUAGAAACUUGGGAAGAACAUAUGACUGCACAUAUAUGUAUAUGUAUCAGCUGCUGCUCUUUGCUUUUGGUUGUAGUAAAUUGCAGAAGUUUCA